AUGAGUGCCAGUGAUGACAACGAGGAAAUUCUUAAUUCCCCAGAAGAUGGAGUCAUUCCUUACCCAAGAACUGAGAAAGGUGCUAGAAAACCGAAGUGCGCUCGUUGCCGAAAUCACGGAGUCAUCUCCUGGCUGAAAGGACACAAGGCGAAUUGUCGCUACAAAGACUGCAACUGCAACAAAUGCAUCCUAAUCUCAGAGAGACGUCGGGUGAUGGCAGCGCAAGUUGCGCUCAAAAGGCAGCAAGCAGCUGAAGAUGCUAUUGCUCUAGGCUUACGAAUGCGACAGGACUCUUCUGAUGGAGUAGACAACGCUGGUAACCCAAAGCUAGGAUACUUAGCCCCUGGACCAGUGUUCCCAAAAGGAUCAGAUCAUGAGGACGAACUCGACGAAAUCAGCGAUGAUGAUGACUCAAAGCCAAUCGUCGGAAUCAAGCGCAAACUCGAUGAUAGCUUUGAAUCUGCCCCACUCAAAAGAUCCAGAACGAAUUCAAAAUACGUGAAUCUCCUAGAGAGACUUUUUCCCGAUCAGAAAUCAGACGUCCUCGAGCUCGUUCUUCAAGGUUGCAAUGGAGACGUCGUCCGAGCGAUCGAGCAUUGCCUGGCAGUCGAUGACAGCCGCAAUGAGAUCUCAAAGAUAACGCGACAAUCUGUUUCAUCUGAGACUUCUUCUGCUACCCCGACGACCUCCUCUACGUCGCCAACAUCGCCGGCUGAGUUUUUCCGAACUCUCACAAGUCCAGGUCGACCUCUGAUUCCGCCGAUCUCCCCUGCUUACCCUUACAUGUCCUCCCCAAGUCUUCUUUUCCCGUGCCUCUACCCAGGACUUGCCGGCUUAGGAAGCCACCCUCAUCUCAACACAGACUUGGCAAAAUGGAAAAAGUAA